GUCUUGAAGGUAGAAAGGAAGGAUUCUCGUUUCGUUUCCUUUUGCUCUUUCUCUCAGUCUGGCCUUAUAGAUCCGGCGGUGAAUUGGUGGUCAUGUCGACCUCACAACUUGUUCGAAGGAAAGAUCCUCCAUGGCAGAGGAUCUAGUUGGUUUGAGUUUGCUUGGGACAGAGCAUACCAGAGUUUGAAGUGUCAGUUGUGAUCUUGUCCGGUGCUUGGUAAUGGCUACUGUGCAGAAGUUGCCGGUGUCGAACCUUAGCACAACAGGUAAUAGUUACGGAUCUUGUAUUGCUGAUACAGCUGCCACGGAUCAGUUCCCCGCUGGACUGAGAGUACUCGUCGUUGAUGAUGACACAAUCUGUUUGAAGAUUUUGGAGCAGAUGCUUCGGAAAUGCAUGUAUCAUGUUACAACUUGCUCCCAGGCUACUAUUGCUUUAAAUCUGCUUCGGGAAAGGAAAGGUUGUUUUGAUAUGGUAAUAAGUGAUGUUUAUAUGCCUGAUAUGGAUGGAUAUAAGCUCCUUGAACACGUUGGGCUGGAGAUGGACCUUCCUGUUAUCAUGAUGUCUUCUGAUGCAAGAACCAGUGCUGUGAUGAAAGGCAUCAAACAUGGGGCUUGUGAUUAUUUGAUUAAGCCUGUACGUUUAGAAGAGCUGAAGAAUAUAUGGCAGCAUCUUGUUAGGAAAAAGUGGAAUGAAAAUAAAGAACAUGAACAAUCUGAUAGUGCAGAAGAAAAUGAUCGACAUAAACGAGGAGGGAAUGAUGCUGACUAUGCUUCUUCCGUUAAUGAAGGAAUAGAUGGUAGUUGGAAAGUUCAGAAAAAGAGGAGGGAUGCUAAAGAUGAUGAAGAUGAGGAUGAAUUGGAAAAUGAAGAGCCUGGUUCGUCAAAGAAACCCAGGGUAGUGUGGUCAGUGGAACUGCAUCAGCAAUUUGUCAGUGCUGUAAAUCAGCUCGGAAUUGACAAGGCUGUUCCCAAGAGAAUCCUUGAAUUGAUGAAUGUUCCUGGUUUAACAAGAGAAAAUGUUGCAAGCCAUUUGCAGAAAUUCCGACUAUACUUAAAGAGAUUAAGUGGAGUAGCUCAACAGCAAGUUGGGAUUUCGAAUUCAUUCUGUGGCCUUGUAGAGUCAAAUGCAAAACUUGGUUCUCUAGACAGACUUGAUAUCCAAGCAUUGGCUGCUUCUGGCCAAAUUCCUCCGCAGAUGCUGGCUGCUUUGCAGUCUGAGCUUUUGGGUUUACCAGCAGGUAGCCUAGUGUUGCCAGCAAUGGACCAGCCAGUUCUUCAAUCAUCAUUACAAGGACCCAAAUGCAUUCCAGUUGAACGUGGUGUGGCAUUUGGCCAGCCCUUAAUAAAAUGCCCACCGAACAUAGCCAAACAGUUUCCUCAGUCGAACAUUUCUGUUGAGGAUAUUCCUUUUGGGUUUGGAACAUGGCCACCUAAUUCUCUUGGUACGGUUGGCGCUUCAGGCAAUUUUGGGGGACUUAACACUCAGAACAAUAACAUGUUGAUGCAGAUACUACAGCAGCAGCAGCAACAACGGGAUGUACUACUUGAACCCAGCCAUACAAUUAAUGUUCAGCCUUCUUGCCGAGUAGUCCCUUCCCAAUCAUCAUCCAGUUUUCAGGCAGGAAACAGUUCUGUUCCCCUCAAUCAGAACUCCAGCUUUAAUAGCAGUGCCGUCAUUGAUUACGGCUUGCUUUCUUGUCAAUCAAAUAACUCCUCAUUGGGUGUUGGGCAAGUUAUUGAUGGGGAUCUCAAAAGUACUGGUGUACUGAAUGGGUAUACCAUACCAGCAAUUAUAUCCCCAUCAGUGUCAUCUUGCUCAGUCCUUGCUGACAACUCCUCAGGUUGGCAAGUUCAGAACUCGGCUGUAUCUUUAAGGACUGGCAGCCAAUUGCCAGGGCCUGUCUUUAAUGCAUGUGAGAUUCAGCUUUCUUAUGACACAAAAACAGUUCAAUUGCCUGAUCAAGGGCCUGGUAGGAAUCUUGGAUUCGUUGGUAAAGGUACUUCCAUUCCAAGCCGGUUUGCAGUAGAUGAUAUUGAGUUGCCAACAAACAACUCAAGCCAUGGAAAGGCAUUUAUGGGCAACAAUGGACACAGAGUGAAGCAAGAACUUAAUUUGGAUUUUGGGGAGAAUGCAAAAGUGGGUGUCCGUGUAUUGCAACAUUUUUCUCAUAAUGAUCUCACGAGUGUUCUCUCCAAAUAGAUAAAGAGUACUUUUUUUUUUGGUAAA